AUGUAUCAAAUCAUCGCGAUAAUCUUCCUCGCCUGGGUCAUCCUCCAGACCCGCACCUAUUUCCGCCUCUCGCACAUCCCAGGCCCAUUCCUAGCAAAACUCACCAACAUCCCACGCUUCACCUGGGUACUCAGCAACAAAGCACACGACAUACAUGUCUCCCUCCAUCGCAAGCACGGCCCCCUUGUCCGCUUCGGUCCCAACAUGGUCUCCGUCGCAGACCCAAAGGAAGUAAGCCACGUCUACGCUUUCAAGUACCCCUGGGUCAAAUCGAACUUUUACUCCGCCUUACAGAUGAAACCCCGUGGGAAGCCUAUCCCCGGGAUCUUUGCGGCGCAGGAUGAGGCGGUGCAUAAGCUGCUCAAGAGGCCCGUUGCGGGUGCUUAUGCGAUGAGCACGCUGGUCAGCUUUGAGCCGUAUGUGGAUACGACGAUGCGUGUGUUCUGUGACGAGCUCGAGCGGCGCUUUUCCGACCGUCAAGUAUGCGAUUUUGGAAAAUGGCUGCAGAUGUUUGCCUUUGAUGUCAUUGGCGAACUGACCUUCUCGCGGCGGUUGGGAUUCCUCGAGUCCGGCGAGGAUGUCAACCACGUUAUGGCGAAUAUCUGGGAGACGUUUAAGAAGACUUCGCUGGUCACGCAGAUGCCCUGGCUUGACAGGGUCUGGCUCAAUAACCCUAUCCAGCGGUGGAGGCGCGGGGGAGGGGCCAGCCCUGGUGCGGCGUUUGCCAUGGCGUGUGUGGAGGAGCGACGGCAGAAGACGACGGAUAAGAAUGAUUGGGGGUUCAACACGAGGGACUUCUUGUCGAGGUUUAUGGAGAUUGAAGCGAAGGAUAGAACCGUGCCGCCCUAUGCACUCGCCGCAUGGGCUUCCUCCAAUAUCACAGCUGGCAGCGACACAACGGGCAUUUUCCUGCGGACAGUCUUCUACAACCUCCUCAAAAAUCCAAACACACUGCACAGACUUCUCGAAGAACUCGAUUCCGCCGCUGCAGCAGGCAACCUCGACGAUUUGGCAUCGUGGAAGCAGACACGGGAGUUGCCCUACCUCGACGCCGUGAUCAAGGAGGGUGGCCGUAUCCACCCACCAUUUGGACUCCCAUACGAAAGGGUUCUACCAAAAGAAGGAGCGACGAUUUGCGGAGAGUUCUUGCCCGGUGGCACAGUUGUGGGCAUGAGUGCUUGGGUGGUGCAUCGGGAUAAGGAUCUGUACGGGGAGGACUGCGAUGAGUGGAAUCCCGAGAGGUGGUUGAGAUACGAUGCGGAGAGAAGGAGAGCAAUGGAGAAUGCCUUGCUGACGUUCGGUGCCGGCCAUCGGUCUUGCAUGGGAAAGCACAUUGCCUACUUGGAGAUGUACAAAGUCAUUCCGACAUUGCUGCGGCGCUUUGAGUUCGAGCUUGUUGGUCCGGACGAAGGGGGAGCUUGGGAUGUAAAGAACCGGUGGUUUGUUAUGCAGGAGGGCUUUCUUGUUCGCCUGCGGAAGAGGACAGGAGUGUCAGACUAG